AUGGAUAUUACAACCGCCGAGAAAAUUUACAGCCAGAUUGUUGCGGCAAUCAAGAACAAAGACAUUGAGGAGUUCGACCGAGUAGUCCAAGACAACCCAACAUGGCCCCCACAGGAGCAUUGGCUUGGACACCCACACGAUGCUGCCUCCCGUUCCGGGCUUCCCAUGUUCAAAGCAUUCCUCAAGCAUUUCCCACAGACCAAGGACUGGGACUGCGGCGAAACUGGGGAUGUUGUCGGCGCUGCUGCAAUGACGGGCGACAUUCCAGUCCUAAAGUACUGCCUAGAAGAGCUUGGACACAAUGCUAACGAGGGACGCAUCUUCUUUUCUCCAGUGUUGUACUUUCUCAACUCCAUGAAAGAUACGACAAUACCUGGAAAGAAAGCUGAGGUGAUACAAAUCCUUGAACAGCACGGUGCAACAAUGGAAGGAGAGCCUGGGAGUAUCAUCCAUCAGCGAUCGCACAAAAAGCGCAAUGGCAAAUUGUGCUGGCACAAGAAUGACCCGGUAGAUUGCCCAGACUACGUGCAUGAUGAGAAGUCGAGCGUGGUUGAGCAGGCCAAGAAGCUGUUCGGAUGGAACAAACCCGGUAGUAGCGUAGAAACCCCUGCUUCUGAAAGCCAGGAGAAACUGGCCCCUUCGUGA